AUGUUGAGUAAAGUUAGUGGUUUGGAGGAAUUUGAAGUUGAUGAACUGUAUAAGAAAUUCUUAGAAGAUGAUUUUGAUGUGAAAGCUGUUACAUCUUCUGCCGUUCAAAGUGCCGCUGUAUCUGAGCAACUUGCAAAGCUUGGUGCAGGGAUUUCGUUAUUAGAUAAAGCCCUUCAUCACCAAGUUUCUACCCAUUACGAAGAUUUAUUAUAUCAGGCAACAGAAAUUGAAACAUUAGAAGGAGUUUUAGUGCUUGUUCAUGAAAAAAUUUCUUCGAUUUUGAGUUCAGCGGACAAACUUAAAAGUAAAGUUUUUGAGCCGUAUGAAGAGAUUGCCAGUUUAACAAGAAAGUUACAACGUCUUCAUCUAGUCUGUGAUCUGCUAAGGAGAAUAAUAAGGAUUGUUCGUCUCUGUAGACGAUUAAAAACUCAUUUAAGUAAAGAACCUCCAGAAUUAAGUAAAGCAUCUAACUGCUUGAAUGAAUUAGAGUGCUUAUUGGAUGAGGUGGAUAUGUCAGGGUUAAGUGUAAUUGACACUGAAAUGAAGUAUGUUAAACAUGCAAAAACUGUUAUCCAGCAUGAUGUGAAAUGA